AUGGGUUCCCUUCCAACCAUGAGUAUUCUUGAAGAGUCCCAAGUAUCGCCACCACCGGCCACCGUGUGUGACAGGUCGUUGCCACUGACUUUCUUCGACUUCUCAUGGCUAACCUUACCUCCAAUUAACACUCUCUUCUUCUACGAGCUUCCAAUCACUAAAACCGAGUUCACAGAAACCAUCGUUCCUAAUCUGAAAAACUCGUUAUCGAUCACCCUUCAACAUUUUUAUCCUUUCGCUGGUAACUUGAUCAUAUUUCCUUCUCCUGAUCAAAAACCAGAAAUUCGAUAUAUUGAAGGUGAUUCAGUCAAGGUUACGAUUGCUGAAUGCAACCUUGAUUUCAACGAUCUUACAGGAAACCAUCCACGAGAGUGUGACAAGUUUUAUCAUCUUAUACCUCUUCUCAAACAGACUACUAAAGUCUCCGAUUUCAUAACAAUCCCAGUCUUCUCAGUUCAAGUUACACUUUUUCCCAACAACGGAUUCUCUAUUGGAAUGACGAAUCACCAUAGCCUGGGUGAUGCUAGCACCCGGUUUUGUUUCUUGAAGGCGUGGACUUUCAUAGCUCAAUCAGGAACAGAUAAGUUGUUUUUAACUAAUGGGACUUUACCCGUUUAUGAUCGACUUGUCAAGUACCCGAAACUAGAUGAAAGUUAUCUGAAAAACGCAAAGGUCGAAACAUUUAACGAAGAGUAUCAACCACAAAGCCUUUCUGGGCCAACUGAUAAACUCCGAGCCACAGUUAUCUUGACGCGAAGUGUCGUGAAUCGGUUGAAGAAACUGGUUUCGACCCAACUUCCAACUGUACUUUAA